CGCGCCCCCCGCUCCGGAUCCCCCGGCCCCCGCCCCCCGCCCCCGCCCCGCCUGGAAGACUUGGGACAACUUUCCGUCCCGCCGCCGCUCAGCCUCCCUCCGCGCCCGCCCGCGCCCCAUGCCCCGGGCCUGCGGCGCCCCCCGCCCCGCGCCCCCUGCCAUGCCCCCCUCCGGGCUGCUGGCGCUGCUGCUGCUGCUGGGCCUGGGCGGGGGCGCGCUGGGGGGCCCGGCGGGGGAGCGGGGCGCCGGGGGCGGAGGGGCGCUGGCCCGCGAGCGCUUCAAGGUGGUCUUCGCCCCCGUCAUCUGCAAGAGAACGUGCCUGAAGGGCCAGUGCCGGGACAGCUGCCAGCAGGGCAGCAACAUGACCCUGAUCGGGGAGAACGGGCACAGCACCGACACGCUCACGGGCUCCGGCUUCCGAGUGGUGGUGUGCCCCCUGCCCUGCAUGAAUGGAGGCCAGUGCUCAUCUCGGAACCACUGUCUGUGCCCCCCGGACUUUACCGGCCGCUUCUGCCAGGUGCCCGCGGGCAGCGGGGGGGCGGCCCUGGGCCGAGGUGUGGCUCUGGGUGGCCCCCCACCUCCCGCCCCCGAGGGGGAGCCCGUGGCCAGCAAGCAUGCCAUCUACGCCGUCCAGGUGAUCGCAGACCCCCCGGGGGCCGGGGAGCAGCCCCCCGCUCAGCAUGCCGCCUUCCUGGUACCCCUGGGGCCUAGCCAGAUCUCGGCCGAAGUGCAGGCACCCCCGCCCCUGGUGAAUGUAAGAGUUCACCAUCCCCCAGAGGCCUCUGUCCAGGUUCACCGCAUUGAAGGGCUGAGCGCUGAGGGCCCCGCACCCCCCCAGCACCUUCUCCCUCACCCCAAGACCCCCCACCCUCGGCCUCCCACCCAGAAGCCCCUGGGCCGCUGCUUCCAGGACACACUACCUAAGCAGGCCUGCGGCAGCAACCCGCUUCCAGGGCUGACCAAGCAGGAGGACUGCUGCGGGAGCAUCGGGACGGCCUGGGGGCAGAACAAGUGUCACAAGUGUCCCCAGCUGCAGUACACCGGUGUGCAGAAGCCAGGCCCUGUGCGCGGGGAGCUGGGGGGCGACUGCCCCCAGGGUUACAAGAGGCUGAACAGUACCCACUGCCAGGACAUCAAUGAGUGUGCCAUGCCAGGGAUGUGCCGUCAUGGAGACUGCCUCAACAGCCCGGGCUCCUACCGCUGUGUCUGCCCCCCCGGCCACAGCCUCGGCCCCUCGCGGACUCAGUGCCUGGCUGAGAAACCAGAGGAGAAGAGCCUCUGCUUCCGCCUGGUCAGCCCUGACCUGCAGUGCCAGCACCCGCUCACCACCCACCUGACCCGCCAGAUGUGCUGCUGCAGCGUGGGCAAGGCCUGGGGGUCCCGUUGCCAACGGUGCCCCGCCGACGGCACGGCUGCUUUCAAAGAGAUCUGCCCGGCGGGGAAAGGCUACCACAUCCUGACUUCCCACCAGACCCUGACCAUUCAGGGGGAGAGCGACUUCUCCCUGUUCCUGCACCCCGACGGGCCCCCCAAGGCCCAGCCGCUCCCCGAGAGCCCCAGCCGGGCCCCGCUGCAGGAGGACCCGGAGGAGGAGAAAGGUGAGGCUGACCCCAGGGAGCCGGCCUUCAGCGGUCGAAGGCGCCGACCCGAGGGGGCCAGCGGCAGCUGCUCCCCCCGGGGCCGGGCCAGGGGCCGACCUGGCUGCUUCCGGUGCCGGCGGGACCGGGGCCCCCACCCCAGGCCCUCUGGGCCCCCAGCCCCCACGCCGCCCGGGCUUCCUCCAGGGGGCGCCGGACUUGUAGACGGGCCGAGCCUGGCCAGGCCCGGGGAGCCCCGGGCGGGCGGGGAGAGGGCGGGGCCGGGCCCGGGAGAGGGGGGGGGCCCCAGGCCGCCCCCCCCGGGCUUUCCCCCCCCAGAUGGACUCGAGGAGCGGGGCCCGGGCCAGUCCCCGGGCACCACGCCACCGCCGGCGCGCCCUUACCCAGAGCUGAUUUCCCGCCCCACGCCGCCGGCUGUGCGCAGGGUCCCCGGAUCUGCCCCCCCCGGGAGCGCGGGGAACCCCCCGACCCAGGCCGGGGCGGCCCUGCCCCCUCCCCCGGCCCGCCAAACCAGGUGGAUAGGCCACCGGGCCCUACUACGGGCCCGGGCUUCUGCUGAGCGGAGAUGGGACUGGCCCGGGCGCCCAGGAGCCGGGGCCCAGGGCGGGGGGGCCCCACGAGGGAAGGGGGCCCCCCCCCCGGAGAGCGAGCGGAGCAGGGACGCCGGGUCCCUGGGCGCCGCCGCCUCCCCAGAGACCGACGAGGCCGGUGCCCCGGUACCGCCGCACCCGCAGCAGCUGUACCGGCCGGGUGAGCGGGGCCCGGGAAACGGGGGGCCGCGGCGGGAGGGGGAGGGGCGCCCCGAGCGCGGGUGUCCGGGCCCCGGGGGGUCAGGGCCCCACGAGGCGCCUCCUUCUGCCCCCACAGACGUGAAUGAGUGUGAGACGGAGCCCUGCGGCGUCGGGAAAGGCGUCUGCAUGAAAAACGGGGGCCCGAAACUGUCACUGACCCGCACCGGGUUGCAAGUCACCCCCAGCGGCCCUGCGGGUGCGCCGCGUCCCGGGGGCGGGGGGCGGGCCUCGGGGGGGUUACUCAGGAUGAAGCCGGGCAUUACCUGGGGACGCGAGGAUGGGACCAAUAAGCGGGACUUGGAGACGGGAGGGGGCGGUCCAGUUGUGGAUCUCGGCCCCGGGGGCGUGGCCUGUGGGGGCCGAGCUAUUAGGGGCGGUGAUUAUGCAAAUGAGCCUUUGGGAGGACCUCAACGAGUGCGUGAAGCCCCACCCGGCGGGGCGGCUUUGCAUCAACUCCCGGGAACCGGGCGACCCGGCUUCGACCGCCGGGCCCGGCAGCCCCGGCGGGUAGGCCGGAUGGGCCGGGGCAAGGGCUCCACCUGGGAUUUCCCCCCGGGGCUUGGGCGACUUCGCCCUCCUUCCCCCGGGGCCCAGCCCGACCCCCUUGUCCCCUCGAGGGACCCCACCCGGGCCCGGAAAAGGGGCAAACCGGGCAGCUUCAAGUGCAUCGCUUGUCAACCCGGAUACCGGAGUCAAGGGGGCGGGGCCUGCCGGGACGUGGAUGAGUGUGCCGAGGGCAACCCCUGCCAGCCCGGCUGGUGCGAGAACCUCCCCGGCUCCUUCCGCUGCACGUGUGCCCAGGGCUACGCUCCCGCCCCAGACGCCCGCAGCUGCCUGGAUGUGGACGAGUGUGAGACCAGGACUGUGUGCGAGUACGGGGUCUGCACCAACACCCCGGGCUCCUUCCAGUGCCAGUGUCUCACGGGCUACCACUUGUCCCGGGACCGCAGCCGCUGUGAGGACAUCGACGAGUGCGACUUCCCGGCGGCCUGCAUCGGAGGCGACUGCAGCAACACCAACGGCUCCUACCGAUGCCUCUGCCCCCCAGGCCACCGGCUGGUGGGUGGCAGGAAGUGCCAAGACGUAGACGAGUGUAGCCAGGAUCCGGGCCUGUGCCUCCCCCACGGGGCCUGUGAGAACGUGCACGGCUCCUACGUGUGUGUCUGUGAUGAGGGCUUCGUCCCCACCCACGACCAGCACGGCUGCGAGGAGGCAGAGCAGCCCCACAACAAGAAGGAGUGCUACCUGAACUUCGACGACACCAUCUUCUGCGACAGCGUCCUGGCCACCAACGUCACCCAGCAGGAGUGCUGCUGCUCGCUGGGCGCGGGCUGGGGCGACCACUGUGAGAUCUACCCCUGCCCCGUCUACAGCUCAGCGGAGUUCCACAGUCUCUGUCCGGACGGGAAAGGUUACAUCCAGGAGAACAACAUCAUCAACUACGGCAUCCCGGCUCAUCGGGACAUUGAUGAGUGUGUGCUCUUCGGAGAGGAGAUCUGCAAGGAGGGCAAGUGCGUCAACACACAGCCGGGCUACGAGUGCUACUGCAAGCAGGGCUUCUACUACGAUGGGAACCUGCUGGAGUGUGUGGAUGUCGACGAGUGUCUGGAUGAGUCCAAGUGCAGGAACGGCGUGUGUGAGAACACUCGGGGGGGCUACCGCUGCUCCUGUACCCCCCCGGCGGAAUACAGUCCGGCCCAGCGCCAGUGUCUGAUCCCUGAAGAGAUGGAUGUGGAUGAGUGCCAGGACCCCGGGGCCUGCCGGCACGGGCGCUGCAUUAACCUUCCCGGCUCUUUUCGGUGUGAGUGUCACCUGCCCUGGGUCCCGGGCCCCACUGGCCGGGACUGCCAGCUCCCGGAGGGCCCGGCAGACAGGCCCCAGGAGCGGAGGGACGUGUGCUGGGGCCAGAGGGGGGAUGACGGGAUGUGUGCGGGGCCCCUGGCCGGCCCUCUGCUGCCCUACGAGGAGUGCUGCUGCCGCCAAGGCCGGGGCUGGGGGGCCCAGUGUCGCCCCUGCCCGCCCCGGGGACCGGGCCUUCAGUGUCCGAACUCCCAGAGCGAAAGUAACUCUUUCUGGGACGUGAGCCCCCUGUUCCUGCGGAAGCCGCACCGAGAGGAGGACAGCUCCGAGGAGGACUCGGACGAGUGCCGCUGCGUGAGCGGCCGCUGCGUGGCCCGCCCGGGGGGCGCCGUGUGCGAGUGUCCCGGCGGCUUCCAGCUGGACGCGUCCCGCACGCGCUGCGUGGAUAUUGACGAGUGCCGGGAGCUGAACCAGCGGGGGCUGCUGUGCAAGAGCGAGCGCUGCGUCAACACGAGCGGCUCCUUCCGCUGCGCCUGCAAGGCCGGCUUCGUGCGCGUGCGGCCCCACGGGGCGUGCGUGCCCCAGCGCCGCCGCUGAGCGCCCACCCUAGGACUCGCCGCCCGGGAGAGCCGGCCCAGGCGGGCGGGGAGGGGCCCCGUGCGGGGAGGGGCUUCCCGGCC